AUGUGGCAUGGACCUUUUCGAGUGGCCGAGAAGUGCGGCGAGCGCGCCGUAAAGUUGGAAAUUGCAGACACGCCGUACCGGCUAUUUUCAAUAGUCCACUUGUCUAAGUUGAAGGUAGUUCAAACGAUUCCAGAACGCCCAACAGGUGAUCUGAAUGUGGACCAGGCUAUUCGGUUUGUUUUUGACGAAGCGUUACUGCCGGACGACAGCGGGGAGGGUGACCUUGACGAGAAUGAGUUUGAAGUGGACAAGAUCAUCGAUGUUUGA